ACCAGCUUUAGUAUUUGAAUACUAUUAUCAUCAGUAGGGCAGAGAAGUUGUAGAAGAUAAAAUUGGAAAAAUUAAAAAUAUGUAUUUAAAUUCAUUAGAUAUACAUACAAAUUUCUAUUUUAGAAAAUUAUCUAUCAUUCAGUAGAGUUCCAAUUAUUACAUUUACAGUAUAUCUUCCUUGUAUAUCUGUUGUUUCAUCUAUACAAAUUCAUAUUUUAUUUUCAAUAACGUCUUUUCUAAUUUUAUCCAUAGUUUCUAAAUAGCAAUCAUUUGUAUAUAUUUUUCUCAACGCAGACACACUAGGAAUGUUAAGAAUACAUUUUUCAAGAAACGAUUGGAAUUAAACAUUAGACAUUUUAUAUAAAAGAAUAUUUACACACAUCAUAGCCUUGCAUAAAUCAUGUGAAAAAACAGAAUUUUUGUUUGACGGUUUUGAUAUAAAUUGUUUAUUUUCUGCAGGUACUUACGAUAGUAGCCUACAUAUAUAUAGUUAACACGAGCACAGUAUAUAUAUGCAAUACCAUAGAAUUUAAUAAAUUAUAAAUUAGAUAAUUUUUCUUCCAAAAAUAUGUAGAAUAUGUUUGAAAUAUUCCUUUUUGUCAAAAUAUGCAAAACUAAUUUUAUAUUCAACUUUUGGGGCCUAUGACAUAUAUUUAUAACUUGGUUUAUUAUGAAAUAGAGGAGUAAAAAAAAACAUGCAAAUCCUGUAACUUCUCUGCCCUAGUCAUAAGAAUAGCAUACAAUAAAAUGUCUCAUGUAUAAAAUAAAAAAAAGAUUUUAAAUUUAUUGAAAAAUAUAUCUGUGAUACAGAAUAUUUAUUAUUUUGCCACACUAGAUUUAACUGUAAAUAACAUUAGUGUUUUAUAUUAACUGUAGGUAUUAAAAGUAAUAUAUUUUUACUUUUUAGAUUCAUUAAGUUUCUUAUAUUUUUUGUGAUUUAUUCAUAACUAGUUGUUCCGCCCAGCGUUGCCCAUGCUAAAUAAUAUUUAAAAAUAAGAUUUCCUCCUAGAUUUCAUAUUUCAAUCUCAGUCACUAUUACUGCAGUUAACGGUGAUUACCCAUAAAUGUUUAAAAAUGUAUAUUCUUUAUUUCUAUUUAUCCAGCCCAAGCUACUGCAGAUUAGGUUGUCUACUACUUCUACUGGUCAGACCAUUGUUUUCAAUAGCUUAAAACAUUCUUUACUAUAUACUGUGUUUUAUUUAAAAAAAAAACAACCCAACAAUUGGAUAAAUAGUUUCAGAAAUUACGCAGGACAUCAAAAUGGCACUUUAUUUUAUAUAUAUAUAAAAACAAAAUAUUAAAAAAUUGAUACUGACAACAUCGGGCCUGUAACAUAGCUUAUAUAUAUAAUAUACAUAUGCCAAAUGUCAAUUGUUCAAUAUUUUUUUUAUCUAUUAUAUUAAUUUUUUAAUCUUGUUUUUCAUUACUACAUAGACUGAUUUACAUUAGUGCCUUUUUCUUUCGUGCUUCAGAUGUAGAUCGACUAAUUGAUUUCCGUUUUGGGGGCAUAAUUGUAGAUGAUGCAGCAUUUGAAAAAUCAAAGUAGAUAAUAAGUACGUCUAAUUGUGUCUUAUAAUAUUGUAUGUAUUACGUAUAUCUUAUAUCAUCAAUGAACUGAAGUGAACACAAUAUUGAUUACUUUGUUGGAAAUUAAAAUAAAAUAUUUUCUCUACAAUUACGACAUAAUAAGAAAUUGCUCAUGACAACUCAGUUAACUAAUAAUAUUUGGUUUUGCACCCGUAUAUUACCAAGGUAAUCCAUAAAUAAAAAUAUUUUUUUAUUUUUAUACCAAAAAUACUUAAAACCUAGUUCUUGUGGAUGAUAGUUGAGCUAUCAAAGAAUUACAUAGAUGUACUAUGCCAGAAACCUUCAGGGAGUGUCCUCAACAACUUCUUAAGUUUUAUGGCCAUUGGAUGAACGGUAUAGGAAGACUUAGAGACAUACAGACAAAAAUUAAUUUUGUAUAUAUAGAUAGAUUAUUUAAAGAAUGUGCAUACUAUUGAAUCGAUGCCGUAUCUGGGGGAGGUUGGAGUUGACUUCCUAAGUUGGCAUUUCAAUAGAUAAAAUUUUGACAAGAAUAAUCAUAUUGUUUAUGCUAUUAAUAGCUCAUAUAAUAUAAACAUUACAUUAUUAUCUAUAUUAAUUUAUUUUGAUGUACUAAUUAAUAACUAUAAAUCUGUUCCAUAAAAAUACAACAGUGAAUAGAAUGUAGAUAUCUAUUACAGUCUGCAGUACUACUUAUAUUGGUAUUAUGUACUUUUAGUGGCUUUUUACAAGCAUCUAGAAACAAAGAAUCCAAACUGCUAAAAAAUGGCCGACUACUAUGUUAUCAUAAUCACUUACAGUUUGUCACUAAAUUAAGAAUACAUAUUCUAUUAGUUAAUCUUAAUAGUUUCUAAAGUAUAUUACAUUUUAUUUUUCUUGACAUAAUUGAAAUAUUUGUGAAAGUAAAACAAAUUAACUUUUUAACUAGUUAAUACCUUUGUUCAUUGAUAUACAUAUAUAAUAAUAUACAUUAAUAAAUAAUUCAAAAUAAAAAAUAUAAACAUUAAAAAAGUAAUAUAAUGUUUACAUAUUCAAAAAUAAAUAAAUAUCAUGUUGUUGGUAACAUUUGUGCAUUUUUUAAAGCAGCUAAAAUGGGUCUGGCCAUAGAGAAACAUUUCUUCAAAACAUUAAGUUCUUCCAAAUUUGAAAUUCCAUCAAACAUCUUUUCAAAAUUUAAUUUAAAUUUAACAUUUUAAUUUGGAAAAUAAGAUUGGUUUGAUGUUGUUGAAUUAUUUAAUUGUGAUAUAAAUAUCAUUUUGUAAAAAGUUCACCUAUCUAAUAUUAUUUGUAUUUAGCUUUAACAACAUAUUAAUUUAACAUAAUUAUUUACCCAAUAAAUUAAUACUCGUACAAUAAUACAUUUUAUUAAAUACCUAAAAUGUUUCGUUUGAUUAAAACACUCUGAUUUUAGUUUGAAAAUCAAACAGUUCGUAACAUCUCUACUAAACGUACACAAUGAAUAAAGCCAAUUACAUAAGCAACAGUCUAUUUUAAAAGAAAAACAAUUCACUUACGUCACAAGUUUAAAAUCGUAAAAAUAUAAUGAAGAGCACAAUAGUGGUGAUAAGCUGUAAGUAAUAAUGAUAAUGGUUGUAUGAUAACGUAGUAAUCGGCCAUUUUGCAGCCAUUCAGAUUUUUCGUCUCUAAACCCUUGCUGCUUUUUCAACACAAUAUUUUAGGGGGAAUGCACAAUAGUAUUGCAAUUACCGUGUUGUACGGCACUGACUACAACAGCAGCGGUGACAACAAUAUUAUUAUUAUUUUAUCAAUACAUUAGACUUUGAUAAUGACGUUUUUCACGUAAUCAACUAGGUGUACUAUAUUACUAUCGUCUUCCGCACAUACAACGUCAAAUAGCCGAGAACUACGGGCGUCACCGUCUAAUUAUUAUUACGUAUGUUCCCGAACUGCUACAACAACAAUAAUAGUUUUAUAAUCAUAAUUAUUGAUGAGCUGAACGAAAUAAAAAGCAUUAACGAUUUGCCGGCAUAAGUGGUGCAAUCAUCGCUCGUCUGCAGAUGCACGCGCAUACUGUUCGAAUAUUACGGCCAUAACCUUCAAAAAAAUAAAAAUCUGCUUGAACUUAAUAAGAAUACGAUUUUUCACGAAAAUUAUUGGGUACCGACAGAAUGACAUAAUUGCACGAGAAAAAAAACGACAAUACAAUUUGAUUAAAAUAACGAGUUUUUAAACCGUUUACCUGGACGCAGCCGCGGUCGUACAGAUCGGUGGUCAUAAAGCUGUUGUUGUUGGACGACAAUAAUAAUUGUCUUAGCGGAGUGUUACUGAAGCGAUUUAAAACGUACCGGGCCAUCGUCAUCACAAUCACGUCUAUAGGUAAACUCUGGCGGUGUGGCUACGGGUAACGGCUAACGGCAGCGACGGCGGCUGAUGUUUUUACCGCAGUGGCCGCAAUUCUGGUUACCACUGUGUUAACCAUGUGACGGGUGUUGAGCCAAUCGGGUGCGCGGGUCCUUCGAUUUGUGCGUGCGUGCGAGCAUGCGCGAGUGUGUGUGUUGGAGUGUCCGCCAUUUUACGCGACUCGCUGUCGACGAACAUGAACAACAACGCAGCUCCGGGCGCAUCGGGUGAUUAUUGUCGCGUUUCCGGCCUGUGAUUAUGUCCGUACGCAUUAUUGACGCACGCCCGUCGUUCGGCCGAAACUGUUUCGCGUGUACCGCCGCGUUGUCGUGGUCGUGGUGUCCGCGGUCGUCGUCCACCGGCGCCUCAUUUGUGGUGUUUGUGUGACGUCCGAGACGUCGUCGUCGUAACGGGCGAAAUGUCCAAUGAAAAAUGACUCACUCCAGCCAUCAGACCAACGGUGCCAGCUUGGAGGAUUGCCAUACAAACUUCUUCGCCCUGGUAAGUACUAACAACAAUUGUUUUGCUGCACUUCUGUAUCUUCUAUACUAAACGUACUCGUCACAAACGUAUCUCUUAACUAUAUACCUUUACUCUUCCCCUUAUGGUAAUCUGGUCAUCCCCGGGUGAUGGGUCUCCGAAACUCAUAGUACUUCUUGUAGACCACUGAUGCAUCUUGUCAGUGACUACCUAUACGGUGGUCCAUUACCUUGUCUACCGCUAUAAACUUAGCAAAAUAGUGUUUACAUGUUUGUUAUGGUUUGACACCAAUAACUUUCACCAACUAGUUGUUACUGUCCGCAGUUUAUAAACAUCUAAUUCAAUGUACCCUUUAUACACUGUAAGCGUUUUAGGGAUAAAGUGUUUGGUCUAUGCACACAUUGGUUUUGUAUUCGAAAUGCAUGUUGACCUAUUUAGAAAACACAACUUUCAAAUAUUUGCUGUUGUAUUUGUGUUUCAAUUUAAAAUUUGAAUUUUUUAAUCUUACAGUUAUAAUAAUGUUGGUAGAGUAGGUCAAUUAUUAUAUUUUUCAUAAGUAUAUUUAAUAGAUAUCAGUUUAGUGAUAGGGUAGGUACAGAUCCUAAUUCUAAGUUAGUGUUUUGUUUGUUGAUGCUAAAGAUGCAAAAUUAUUUAACAUAAAUUAGCCCCAUAGGUGUAUGGUUAAGCAAUUCUAACAAAUAUAUUUAUUUCAUUAUUUGACCCAUCACAUUAUUAUAUUCAAACUUAAAAAUCUGUUGUCAAUUAUUUUAUUGAAAUUAAUAAAAAGAUAAUUUUAUUUAAAAUUCAAAAAGUGAUUUAUGUAUUGCUCUAAAUUCAAAACAUAAUAUUUAUGUAUUUUUUGAGUUUAGAUUUCAUUGGUCUUGUGUGAUAAACAGGUCAUAAGAUCUUAGGUCAUAAUUGAUAAAUUGUUUUUGAACUUAAUAUAAAAUUUAAACUAAUCAAUGAAUUUUAGUGAACACAUUUUUAAACAAUUUUGUGUUGAAGGAAUUUGAUUUGCCCAUAUAUGUGUAAAUUGCUUCACACAUUUUACUUUCAUAUUACUUUUAUAUACAUUGGUGGACAUGAUAACGUAUGGACUUAUAUAUGAUAUGACAACAAAACAUUUUAAAAAUUUAAAUAGGUAAUUUGAUGUACUUAUGAAAUUUAAACAAAAUUCAUGAGUACGUAAAGUAUCCUUAAUUUACAUAUUAAUUUAUUUUAAUUAAAAGUAUAUUUCAUAACAAUCUAAAUUUAAAAAGUGAUAACUAAUUUAUUGUUAUGUAAGCAGCUAAUAUAAAGGUUUUUUUUAAUAAUUAAUUGAUGGUAUAUUUUUUGUUCUGUGAUUUUAAGAAGGUAUAUAAUAUACCUUAGUAUUUAAUAUUAUUUUAUAACAAUCAUUUAGUACUAUUGCCAAUUUAGAUAAGAUGUCAAACGUUUUAUUUUUUGCAUCAUUAACAUUUUAUUGCCAAAAUGAUGUGAUAACUGAUAUUAAAUCUAAAAAAAAAAAAACUAAAUUGAAUUUAUAUAGUUAGAUAUCUAAAUUAAUUGUUUAUAUAAAAAUGUAUGUAUUUUCUAUUUAAAGAAAGGCUUUUUAGGUGUACGUAUUGAUUUAUCAUAAAUGAAAACUGUUAGGUUAUAUUACAUUGGGAGUAUAGAUGCUGAAUUAACAUGGGCGAUGUCCCUGUAUUUUGAUUUUAAAGGAGUAUAGUCGUUUCCUCCUUCAAUUAGAACGGAAGUAAAAUAUAGAAUUUUGCUUUUGUGUAUAAAAAAUUCCAUCUACAGUAAGUUUUUUAUUUGCCCCCAUGUUAAAAUCUAAAAGUUAGCGCCUGUGAUUGGAAACCAAAAUUAUUGUUCAAUUUAAUUUUACUUUACUAAUCAAAUAACUAAGUUAAACUUGUUUAAUUUUUUUUUUUUUUAAUUGGAUAGGUAGGUUACCUUUUUAAUUAAUAUCAGUAUUAAUAAUAUAAGUAUUAAUAUCAGUUUGAUUUAGGUACUAGAUAAAUAUAUAGAAAAGUUAACGUUUUGUAUAGAUAACUGUUAGAAUAUUAAUUCAAUAUUCUAUUUAUUUUGAGAGAGAACAGAUUUUUUUUUUUUUAGACCUACCUAUACCUAUUAUAAACAUUUUUAUUAAAUAAUUAGAUAAACAGGUAUACAUGCUUAAUUGUAAAUAUUAUGGUCUAUCAAAUAUAAAUUUGAUUAGGUAAAAAUAACAAAGUAAUUUGCAUUAAGAAAAUAGCUUUUCAAUUUUUAAUUUCCAUUUUUUUUUUUCUUGUUGGUAGGUAACUGACAGUAAUUGAAAUGUAUUUAUUUAGCUAACACAGUAGGUAUCUAUAUUAUGUUUGUGGUGAGGGAUUACCAAGUUGCUUUGAUAAAAAUUGAAUUAGUAACUAGAAAAUGUAUUUCAUUAGUUACCUAUAUAUUAAAUACCUAUUAAAAUAAGUAACAAUUGAGUUUAGGUAUAUACACUUUGAUAAUAAUGUAUUAGGUUUUGUAGCAUUACUUAUUUUAUUUUAUUUUAAAAAGAAAUAAAAUAAUAAUAAUAAGUAUUAGAUUUUUAUUUAUUUGGUACAUUGCAGUUUACUGUUUGUUAAUUUUUUAAAAAAAAAUCUUUAUUGUUCUAAAUAGGUAACAAUUCUUUAGCAUGUUAAUUUUCUUAAAUAAUAAUUAGUAAUGACUAAUAAUAAGAUACUUGUAUGUUGUUUUAUUUCUUAACUAUAAUUUUCUUAAAAUCUAUACAGUUAAAGCAAAAAAUAAUUCAUACAGGCUGAAGAAUUUUGUUUACAUGAAUGUUUGGGUGGGUAUACCUAUAUAGGAUAUAGCUACGCAGGUUCAUUAAUUUUAAAUAGAUAUACUUAUUUAGUCAUGUAUAAAAUAUUUACUUUUUUUGUUUAAAAAUGUAUUUAUUUUUAAAAUUAAAAGAGUAAAUUAAUUACUUUUGCUCAAUACCUAGGGGGUAUUUGGAAAGAUAAGAUAUACACAAUAAUUUUUUUUUUGUAUACCGUAUGUAACGAUAAACAAUUGCAAACGAUAAACUGUUCUGAGUGUAAUAGUAUUAGAUUUGUUUUAUACCUUUUGUUGCCAAGGAAAAUUAAUGAUUAAAAACAAAAAAAAAAAAUUACCCAGGUGUGUGAUCUGCUGAAAAUGUCGAUUUAUGUUUCAAAGAACCUAAUGCAAUAUUAAAAAAUUUCGCAUCUUUUAAGGUACUGUGUAAAAAAUUUGGAUCAUUUACCCAAUCUAAAAUUAGUAUAUUAAUUGGGUAAUUUUGUUUUUAUAACAUUUGAAAAUCAGUACCUACCUAUAUUUAAUAACAAAACCGUGUAUACAAUUCGAUAUUAUACAGCUGGUGUUGGUAUUGUGCACACAUUAUCUAUUUAUUGGCAAACCGCCAGAGAGGGUUAAAAUAUGUUUUGAUUUUCAUGUUUUUGUUUGACCAUUUGACUUUCUCGAUGUUAAGCGUAUUAUUUUACGUACAAUUUUCGCGUAUACAUUUAACCGAUACACAUUCGUUAUCAUAAUCAAAACAAUAAUUUGUUUGGUUACUCAUUAUUCAAAUGCAUACACCACUCGCACUCACCAUCACCUUAUCGCCCGCGCGUUCUAUACAAUACUAAUAAUAAUCGGCGGUUGAGAACCUAUUAUUUGAAAUCUGGGCACUCUUGAGUUCGAUUUUUAAUUCGCGAUAUUUUUGUUUUGUUUAUCGUCAAAUAAUAGUAAUAUAGUAAACCGCCGCGUGGUGCGGCUUUAUUUGUUGUUGUUGUGUUAUUAUUAUUAUUAAUAAUAAUAAUAUUAUUGAGUGUUUCUUUAUCAAAAUGUGCGGCGACUGGCGAGACUACAACCUACUCUUAUCACAACGAAUACAGUAGAGUACAGUAGAGAGCUGAUAGAUAAGCGGGCCAGAAGCAGACACGCAUGUUUAAACUUAGUUGUUUCCUCUUGUGGUGUGAAAAUACUAUUAUUGUUUACACACCAGUAUUUUUAUCAUUUUUUUUAAUAAAUUAAUGACAUAAUAUUAUUAUUUUGUUUGAAUGCAAUAAACAAUAAUAAUCUGCGACGGUGUAAAUAAAUUUCCCGCAAAAUACACAAGUGUCUGUGUUUCCGCAGGAUCCCAUUUUGUAUUAUAAAUAUAAUAUUAUGUUUUUUAUAUAAUAAAAUAAUAUAUAAAUACAUAUUACAAUAAUAUACAGUAUGUACGUGCUCUCGUGUACGUACACAUACACAGAGGCAUUGCCCUGUGUAUUGUCAAACCGCUUUCAAUGGUUCCAAAAAUGCGGACGGCCAACGUUAUCGUUGUUAUAUUUUUCAAUUUUUUCUCAACUCCCUAACCACGCCAAAGAACGUUUCGUCUGCUGCCGCGUUUCCGUAUACCGGUUAAAAUAAUAUAAUAUUGAUUUUUCCCGCGUCCGUCAUCGCCUAUCGACGUGUCUUUUUCGGGGGGAAAAGGAGAUUUUACUAGACGACGGCGAAUCCGCACGCCGGUCAUAAAUAUGAUUUGCACACACACAGACAGGGGCGUCGAUAAUAUUGUUUGACCGCCUGCGGGUGUGUGUUUGUGUGUGCACAAUACAAAUCGUGUGAUCUGACCAUGAUUUCAUUAUUUAUUAUGUUUAACAGGUUUGUCGAUAUCGCACUGUUGUCGAUUUUCCCGGAUACUUUCCGUCCGUCUACAGUAAUAAUAAUAAUAAUGAUACAUUCUAGUAUCCAUUACCUACUACUGUUUACUAUUAUCGUUACUAUUAUUGUUAUUGUUCGGUAAAUUAUUCCGUCGUAAAAUUUAAGUUUUUUUUUUUUUUAUCUAAAAAACACAUAUAUACAUAUGUAUACGUAUGUAAUAUAGUAACGCGCGUCUAUAUUAUAACGUAUAGUCGCGGUGAGUUUUGCCGCAUGACGUUAAUCGGCCGCACGGCCGUCAAUUGAUUUUUUUUUUUCCUAAUAGUUGCAUAAUAACAAUAUAAUAUAAUAUGUGUUGUAUUUGUACGUGUACGUAUGCGCGCUCUCGUUCUAUUUUUCGACCGUGUCCUCCCUCUCGAUAAAACACGGAACGGCGGCGGCGACUAGUUGACACACGCAAGAAUUCCGUGCGUCUGCUGUUGCCGCCGCCGCUCAAGGUGCGCAUACCGUGAAUAUGUGUGGUAUAUAGGUACCUUUGUGUGUUAAAUAUUACAUUAUUGUACAGUGCGCAAUAUUAUAAUACUGUGCCCCCCCGUGUGAUUGUUUAUAAUAGAAAAAAAAAAUAUAUAUAUAUUUAUAUGUAACGAUUUUUUUUUUUUUCUAGAUUGUAUUUUCGAUGAAAAACUGGAUUAGUGUAGACGGGCCGGGGUGGGGUCGUGUUUGUCGUGAACGCGCGAGCCCACCUUACGGUGACGUCGUUUCGUCGAUUUAGGUAUUACUUACCCCUUUCGCGCGGAAAACGUGUAUGUGUAUUCUAUUCGGCGGGGUGGCGAUAAACGUCGGCGGCGGCGGCGGCGGUAGCGUUUACUCGAUAAUAAACACGUAUGUGUAAUAUUGCGUGUUACGGUGAACCGCCUCGCCACCCCUGUCCCCUCUGCCGCCGCCCGUAGUAUUAAUACGCGCCGCGUUUAAUGUGUAAUCGUUUGGCCGUUCGCUAUCACUGUUCUGCGGCGCGCGCGAUUAACCGCGGCUGCUUCGAAACCGAUCCUGUGUUUUAUUACAAUAAUGGUUGAACUCAUGCGACGGGGGACGCUAUAACCCCGAAUUUCGGGGGAUCGAGAGAAAAUCGGUUUUUUUUUUUUUUUUAUUAUUCGUUUUGAUUUUGCGUGUCGCGGUAUUUACGAUCGUUUUGGCGGCGGCGAUGAGUACGGGAUUGACGGGGUUUUCGCGCACUCACCCGCCGCGUCUUCGGAGGGGGGUUGUUUGCGGCGACGGCGGUCGGUCACGGGGAGAGGGGGGAAGCCAACUCGCUGUCCCCUCGGUGGCGUGCGUAUAUUAUUAUAACGUACAGCAUGUACAUACACAUAAUAUAUAUUGUAUUACGUGUGCGCGUUCCCUCGGAGUUUCACCGCCGGCAGAUGUUCUUUUUCGGGUCGACGGGGCCGCCAUCGUGCGGACACGGCGGGAAAACUCCGCGUCUACCGCGUUGUGUGAUACGAGGGACGGCGGCAGUGAGAGUCGCGCGCGUGUCGUUGGCGGGGGGCGACGUUGCCGCGUUCGGUCACGGUCGGCGAUCGUCUUGCGCAAAAAUCCGACCGGCACCGACCUCUUUCACUUCGGCCGGUGUCGUUACGCCGUAGGAUUUACAUGCAGUUUCUUUUGAUCGUAUUGUUGUGUCGCGGUGGCUUUGGUGGAGGGGACUUUGCCGCCACUACCACGGCACCACCACCGACACCUCUGUAAUUCCGCGUACCGUAACAACCGGACGCGUGCAGUGGUUCUCAAAAUAUUAGAAAACUCAUUUGGCUUUUUACAUUACUUUAUCAUUGGAUCAUUUUUCUGUGUUUUAUCGUUUCGUUAUUUUCGGUCCGUUUACCCAUAAUAUGUCCCCGAAUAGGCUAUUCCGACGCAAAUAAACCCAAUAGUAUUUUACAUUUAUUUUGUUUUCGUAUCGAAUGUUCUAAAUUAUUUAUUUAUCUUCCAUAAGUAUUUUGUUUUUACAAACGAGGUCACGUACUCUCUUUUAGUAUUUAUUAUGUUUUUUUUUUUUUUACUUCAUCCCCACUUUAUACCGCUGCACUGCAACGACGAUUGUCGUACCCGGUGAAAACGCCGAGCGUUGUAAUAAUAUAAUAGCAGCAAUAGAUAUACCAAAUCUUUUCCCGUACCUACGCUUUUUUUUUUUUCCCAUAACCGCGAAUCCUCGGUAGUCGUAUCUUCACCGGAUUUCCCCCUCGCCUCGGUGUUGCCAACCGUUCUUCUUGGGCCGCCGAACCCUACGAUCGUGGUGUUGAGGUUUGUCGUGGGUGGCCACCGUAUCCAAUAGUGGGUACGACGACGUCGGAAAAGACGAGGAAAAAAAAACAAUCGUUUCCUCUCCUCCGAGACACGUAGUGUUCGGGUUAUUAACACCGGCCGGCUGCCGUCCGCCCCCGCCACCUGGCCCCUGGUCACCCGGGGUUAACGGUGUCUUCUUCUUGUGCAGCACUCCGGUCGUAACUCGUUUACACGGUGCGCCGCGUGCAUCUAGAUCACUCAUUCAUACUAUUAUUAUGACGCGACAUGCUCCGGCAACUACGGGAAAAAGGUGCACGCACUGUAUAAUAUUAUGUUCUUGUUAUUGCAAUAUUCACUAACCCAAGGGGGGCCUCGCGCGUAACGAAUUAUUCUCCGUGGAAUACAAAUUCGUACCGCGCGUUUUCCAAGAAAAUAUACGGUAUUUAGGUAACGGUAUUGAAAUGGUAAAAUGCUCUACAUGGUGUUUGGUUUUCUAGGAAAUGGGAACGACGAGUUCUCCUCGUGUAGACUCUCCCGCGUGUUAAACAAUUGUUUUACUUUUGAAAACGCGCCCGUGUCGUAACCGUAAGCACUUGUCGGAGCUCCGGUUUUUCGCAUCGAUUUUCCUACCCUUCUCGAAAUUCGUUGGGUGGCGACGGGGGUUGGGGGGAAAGGCAUCAUAAUAAUAAUAAUUAAUGUAAACUAUAAACGUUUAAACAAUUUUUACGUACACGUUGACGGGCGGGCGCGACGUGUGUACAAACGCCUCCGCCGCCCCCGUUUAAACAAUGUUUAGUAUUGGUUUUGGCGCCCACUGGAAUGCGAUGAUGAACCGACUGUGCGUUGUAUGUGGUGUCCAGUGGCCACCGCAACAUACACCGACCGCGGCGUCGUCAUCGUCCGACGGCUUCUCCUUCGCGAUAACCGUGCGUAGUGUUACUACGGUCUAAUUAUUUAACCGGUCAAUCUCGAAACGUUUUAUGACAUGCCUCUCUCUAUCCUUUGAUUCGCAAGUGGGUUUUCAUUUACGAUAGACAAUCUAUUAUUAUUACAAUAAUAAUAUUAAAAAUAAAACAUUCGUUCGGGUGCCGUAUAAAGGGGUCGUCGUUGUCGAAUAGGACAGUAGUAGCCUACGAUGUGGGUGCGUACAAAGGGGGCACAAACGGCGUGACGCCACAGGGUCGUGUCUCGGCCACCGGCGGCGGAUAUUGAUUUCAGCGAAACACGCGGAAACCGGAGCGGCGCGCUUACGGGGUUGACGGCGGGUCCAUUCCUUUGGGAAGAGACGAGGAUGAAUAUAGUCGAUAAUGCCCCUGCCCCCCAUUCCCUCCUUUCCAUUUUUCCCGCCGACGCCUUUCGUUCUCGCGCCUUUUUUACUUUCGAAAUUGUUUUAUUAAUCCAGGCGAUUUUUUUUUUUUGUUUUUACGAAACAGGACAUAGUAUUUUAGUUUGCGAUAUACAUAUAUGUAUAUUUUUUUUUCUCCCCCCCUCCUAUUACGACUUCCCAGUGUUAUCGCUGUCGAUAUGUUGUGUUUUGCGUCAAAUAUUCUGACGAAUAAUAAUAAUAUUUUCCCCGUUGAAAUAUUGUUAUCAGGACCACCGCCGCCGCACGUGCGUACACCGUCGUCGUCGGUGCAACUGACCCUCGCCACUAACCCGUCCGUCGCUGCCGUCGUACCACCCUUUCGUACGUUACCACCGUCAUUGCUGUCGUCGUCGUUCGGUAUAGUCGGAAUUCACCGCCACGUGCCUUCUCCGUAACCGCACGUAACCAACCAGCCGACCCGACGGCACGAUAUGGCAGACGUCGCCGCUGUACGGUAUACGUACACUCGACACCACCGCGCCGUCGCCACCACCGUCACCGCCGUCUUAUCCCACUCGAGACGCGCACUCGUUCUCUUUAAUAUUAUUGUUGUUUUGUCGUGCCGGGCAUGUGUCGUCGGCUAAAUUUUAUGUAUAUAUUAUUAUACCUUCGGUAAAACGGGGUGUGUGUGUGUGUGUGUAUGUUUCCCGUCGUACUUUAACGUACGACGUGUACCCAGGGUUGGACAGUAUCUUCGAUAAAAGUAUCCUAAAUACGUAUAUCGGAUACAAUAUUAUUAUUAUUAUUGUAUCUCGUAUUUCUGGAAAGUAUCGCGUAUCUUGUAUUGCAAUACUUUUUACACUAGUAUCUUUUAUCUAGGUACUCUUUUUGAAGUAUCUUGCCCAUCCCUGGAAAUAACCUAAAUAAUCGAGAUAAAAAUAGGUAGUUAAUAAGUAGGGCUAUGAAUUCAAUGCGCUAACAAAUCGUUUAAAAACAUGGUUGCCAUGACUUACGGAAACCUGUAAAAGUUGAGGCAUUUGUAUUGUAUGAAAUUCUGGAAUUAUUGUUCAAAAUGUAUUAUUUAAUAUGAAAACAAAUUUUUUUUUGUAAUAUUGAUAAUAAUAAAAGACUGAUAUGCGAAACGAUUAAUCAUUGCUAAUGAAAAACAAUUCUCAUCAAAAUGACGUAAAAAAUUUGCAAAAUUAAAAUGUUUAAAAAUAGCUUAAAAAAGGCUAAAAUGUUUUGAAAAUUUGACCACGUCUAGAAAAAGCAAAUAUUAUUUAUCUUUCCAAAUUUGAAGUCUCUACCAAUAUUUUUAACUGAAUCACAAAAACACAAAAUUGAAAAUAUAAAUUUAAAACAUUUUUCUCUUUAAAGUACCAACGAGAUGACAUUUUCUUUCAGAAUAGGUGCUAUGCAUGAUACAGCGAAGCAAGGUUUUUGGUAGUAAUUUUGAACACAGUGUGUACAUAUAUAUAAAACCAACACGUUCCUCAUUUCGCUCAGAGUCUAAAACAACCAAACAAGUUAUUUUAAAGAGAUAUAUUAUUAUUAAUUAUUUAAUAAUCAAAUUUUAACACCUAUUAUUUAUUUACAACAAAUCAUCUUAGAAAAAACUAUGGAGAAGUCCGGGAAAAUUAAAAAUGGAAUUUUUGGUAACCAUGAAAAAUCACUUAUAAUUCCCUUUAAAAAAGCAGCUCAAAGUGUAUUUCAAAAAUCCUAAAACCCAUAAAAAUAUGAUUUGUUUUGAAAAUAUUACAAUAUAAAAUAACGUGCCUUAUUAUUGAGUAGGUAUAGAUACAUAUUUACUUAAUAAUGUAUCUAUUUUUUUUUAUGUGUACAUGUAUCGUAUUUAAAGUUUAUAUAACAAAAAAAAACAUCAAUGCAAAUGUAAAAAAAAAAAAACGGAUACACUUCGCACGUUGGUGCAACCACUUUUGUAGGUGUGAAGGUAGAAUACAGACGGGAGUUUAAUGUAUAUCUGUGAGCAACGAUAAACCACUACUAACGAAAAAACGAUUCUAAGCGGAGUUCAGUUGAUAGUGUUGAUUUGUCAACAAUGUGCGUUUUCAUGACAAAAAUUAUUGUUUAAAAAAGAUUAAAAUAAUAAAAACUUGAUAAUAACAAAAAAAAAAAAACGGUUUCCAUUGACCACCCUCAUUAUUAAUCUUUCAAUCUUUUAUUAACCUAAAGAAACAAGUUUUCGUCAUUAUCUCGAAUAUUAUGGCGGCAUUCCAUUGACAUCGUGGGCUGUGUAAUAUCUAACGAUAUGAUUGAAUGAGUAAUAUCAUAACCGUAAUUUGGGUACCACGAUAAUCGAUGUUGUUAUCGCUUGUUACUAUAAAGUUAAAAAUAUUCAACUAUUCGCCAUGUGGUUAUUAACAGUAUCAUAAUAUCCAUGGAAAUUUCUCAUUUUGACCAUUUUGCUACUUGUGACUCGUUUUAUUAUUAUUUAUUCGUUGUUGAUCUAAAAUAGCUGCUAAUAUUAUAGUUUUUCUUUGAUGCAUUUUUAAGUGUUCAUGAUACAUUUCCAUAGCUACUGAGUAAUGACUAGUGAAUAUUCAAUAUAAAUUUAAUUAAAUUAUUAUUUUCUGACUAAGUAUUUCGAAUUAAUCUGUAAUCUACCAUUAGCUUAUAUUUGAUUUUUUUUUUUAUCAGAGGUUCAAUUUGGUUAGGUAAUCACAUAUUGCGGUAACUUGGUAAAAUAUUGUUAGAUAUUACACGGCACACAGUGUCAGUGAAAUGCUACCUUUAAUGAUAUUUUCAAUAAAUGACCUCUCUAAAAAAAAGUACCAUCCAGAGAACGUUUCCUUUCAAAAAAAGUGCUUACUUGAUAAUCAGAAUAUGCUUUCUGAUAGAUAAAGUGUUUGCAUUAAAAAAAAUUAAAAUUGUAAAACCAAUACAUUCCUCACUCCACUCAGUAUCUAAAAGAGGUGGUGGAAAUCGAAAAUGUUUUUACGAAAAUGAUCGUUAUUUUUGGCUUAUGUAUAAAAUCGUAUUUAUUGUGACACAUUAAUUUGUCUGUACAUUUUUUGAGUACCGAAUUCAAUAAUUUUGAUUUAAAUUCUAAUUAAAUGAUCUUUAUAGAAAAAUACUGCGAACUUGAUUGUUAAAUAUCGAGCGAAUCUUUUUUUGUUUGUAAGAGAGUUUUGAGGGAAAUUUUGCGGUAUGGUUUAUUUUUAUUUUUCAUAGAUAUUUUUUAUGGAAUUAUACAAAUAAACCCAGUAAACCAAAGAUUUUGACAUUAACAAAAAUUUCAAAAAAAUCUAUUCUGAGAAUCACAUGAAAGUACCAUGCAUAGAGUUGGUUAUUUGUUUUUGGAUCACUGUAUAAUGUAUAAUUAUUGCAAACAAAAAACGAUUUUGAGUGUACUAUAAAAAAGCGAGUACCAGUUGUGUUUUUCCCUUGUUAUUAAGGGAAUCCAGAAAUAAAAAAAGAAUAAUUAAAAAAUUAAAAAAACGAACUCAUGUAAACAACUGAAAAUGUCAAUGUAUGUUUCAAAUAAGUACCAUCUGGCAAAAGUUCCACUUUAUGAUAUGAUAUGAAAAAAUUGGACCAUUUUUUCUUAUUGAUAGAGUGUUUUCCGGGAAGAAAAACCCUACAUCUUUAUAAAACCAAUAGUUUCUCUGCUAGACUUAAAAUUUAAAAUGUAUAUUAACUUAUUAAAAAACAAAAGAGUUAAUACUGAGGAUGGGUGUACCCAUCUCCAGUUUUAUACAAAAAGUUAGAAGAUGAAAUACUUAUGAAGUUAUUUAAUUUGUAAAUUUGUAUUUGUACGCAACGAUAAAUUAUUGUUGAUAAAAUACGAUUCAGAUCAAAGUUUGGUUAAACAUACGUUUUGAAAUACCAUAAUUUUAAGGUUUUUGUCAAAAUUAUUGAGCUUAAAAUGAUUAUAUAUAUAUAAAAAAAAAACUACUACAUUAGCCUAACAAUUUUAUCUGUAGAAAACCAAUGUCGUUGAAUAACUCAAAAAAUUCCAAUAUACUUGACCACAUCCAAAAAUAACUAAUUUAAUAUUCUGUGAUAAUGUCAUGUCUUUACAAUUAUUUUUAAUCAAAUUACAAUAAUCAAAAAUAACCUUUAGGUUUAAUGUCACAUACUUUUCUGUUUUUGCAAGUUUUUUCCCAAUUAUUAAGGAAAUACAUGGAAAAUCAAAAAAUUACUUUAUCAACUAAACCAAAUAUUCUUUAGAAAAUGUGCUACUUUUGAAAUUUAGAAUAAGGUUUGUAGUAGAAAAGUUGCUUACAGAUAAAUAAAAAUAAAAGAAUCUCACAUGCAAUUAGUCCAAUAUAUUUCUUUACACUCAGGAUCUAAAAAAAUUUAUUGAAUAUAUAGUUACAUAUUGAGACUGAAUUAUGAAACACUUCUGUACAGCUAUUCAGUCACUAGGGUCCGAAUUCCCACAUAUUUAGUGUUAAUUAUAUAUUCUUUGUAUAAAAUAAUUACAAUGUAAAGGUAAUACUAGAAUUAUGAUCUAUUUAUGAUCUGUUAAAGCAUUCAAAGUUAAAUAACCUUCUACUCCAGCAACAUGAUGAAAUUCAUAUAAAUAUUCAACCAAAUUGUUAUCACUUCAAUCCGUCUAUAAAACAACUUCAAUUCCCAAGUAUGAACUAAUUGGGUUUAGAUGCUGGCACUAAAAGUAUUCAAAAAUAGCGGGAAAGAUAUAUCAUGAGACAUUAUCUAGUGCAAUAGUCUAUAUUUUUAGUGAAAAUUCCACGAUAAAAAACUAACUCUUUGUAAUGCUAAUAGUUCGAAUCAUAACUAUAGAUGAUAUUUAUCCAGUCAGCAAAAAUAUUGAGGAUGAUAUCACCUAAUUAGUUAAAAUUGGAGACGUAAUUUACCUAUGUGAUAAUACAAAACUUUUUUUUUUAGAAAAAAUUCAUUGAACAAGGUAAUUCAUUUCUUACUACGCUCAGUUUAUGAAAAGUAUUUUUGGUACAAAUUCACAGCUCUAUAUUUAUAAAUGAUUGUAUGCGAUGUAAUAGAUUAAAAAAUAUAAUAUUAUCUAUAAUUAUCUAACCCAAGUAUGCUCCUUCCAUUUGAGGAACAGAGAGGCAAACCGCAAAUUAAACGUAAUCUGGGACGGUAUGGAACUCAAUAAUGCCCAAUAUGCUAAAUAUCUAGAAGUAACCCUAGAUAGGUCCUUAGCAUACCGAGCUCACUGUGAGAACUUAAAGAAAAAAAUAACGUCACGAAACAGAUUGUUACAAAAACUAAUGGGGAGCUACUGGGGAGCCCAGUCACAUACAUUAAGAAUUACUGCAAUAGCUUUAUGCCUAUCAAUAGUCGAAUACCCAUCACCAGUAUGGGGGAGAUCUACCCUCUCAAAACAAAUCAAUGUCACAUUAAAUAAAAUGUGCGGACUGGUGACUGGUUGUCUAAGAAACUCUAAAAUUUAAGAAGUAUAUGUACUAGCUGGAAUUGCACCACUGGCGAUUAGGAGGGCAGUACAAGCAGACUGGGAAAGGACUAAAAUGACGAAAGACAAUAAACAUCCAAUGCAUGGAAUUGAAGCAAAUAAUUUCUGGCUAAAGUAUAGAAACAGUUUCCUAAAAACAACAAAAUGCCUAACAACAACUAAGGAAUAGGAAAGUGUUAUGCAAUGAAUAAAUCAAAUUAGAGACAAAAAAUGUGUCCCCAUCUAAGCGUUAUCAUCAGGUAAUCAAUUAGAAUGGUCCACCGGAAGAACAUUAAACUGAAUGAGAACAGGAGAUGGACGCACCAAGGAUAUAUGAAGAAAUGGAGACUACUUGAAGGAACUCCUACAACUUGUGAAUGUGGGAUGGAACAAUUAAUGAAACAUAUUAUGCAAUGCCCAAUCUGUUCUUACUCCUCCACACAAGACGAUGUCAUAAAUGCAAAUGACAACGCCAAAGGCGUAGCUAUUUUCUGGGCUGAAAUUACAUGAAGCAGAAAACGGCAUUUAGUUACCUUUUAUUUUGACUUUGAAUUAUUUGAAUCUGUUUUAUUAAUUUUAUUAUCUAAUUUAUUUUUUGUUUGUCUAUUUUAUAUUUAUAUUUUAAUUUAUAUAUAUAUAUAUCUUUCAUGUUAAAGAUUGUAUCCACAUAAUGGUGUGCUUGACACAAGAAAAAAAUCUAUAAUUGACUAUUAAUAUUAUGCCCAAAGGAGCCUUUGGGCUUUGAAUGUAAUUUUUUUUGUAUGUUGACCAGUUCUAUUAAUUGUAUUCGUUAAAGACGCCAAAUUUAAAUGGUUGCCAGAACAAGGUGAAUCAAACUAUAAACUAGAUAACAACUCGGGGUGAUAGAUUUUAUUUUUACAUAUAUAAUAUGUAACGCAUAUCUACUUAUUAUAUUUUCAUAGUUGUAGAAUUUGUAUAUUUAAUGGAAUAUUUUGACAAAAAGUACCUAAGUACUUUUACUAAGGCAACAACUGCUUACCUUUAUAACAGUUAUAAUAACACUGAUUUUGUAGACCGUGAAAUAAUUAUGAAAAUAGUUUGUACAGAGUUUAGUGGGUACCUAUAAUAUUGAAUCAUAUAAAAAAUAGUGCCUUAAUAAUAUCUUUUGGUUCAUUAUACACUGUUUUUUUUUUUUAAACUAACUGUACGCUAGUGUAUUCAUUAACUCAAAAGUACUUAUAUACAACUUAUUAAAUUACUCAUUAUUUUUAACUAAUAAUAUUAUUCAAAACUUAUUUAUCUGAACCAAUGUUAUAUACUUAAAUAUGUAUGAAUAUAAAUUAUUAAAAACCGCUUUAAUUAUUUUUUGAUUAUCAUUUAAAAUAGUUUCACUACCUAAAUCAAAACCUAACCUACAUACUCUAUUAUAUUUUGUCAAAUAUAUGCAAUUUAAUCUGAAAGUGGUUAAUAUUAAAAUGAUAUUAAGUGCUCUUUACUACAUACUGAGAUGUGAUUUGUUUAUCACGUCUUUUAUGUAGGUUUUAUUUAAAUAAAAAGAAAUUAUUUAUAAUCUAAAAAUUUAAUCAAAUUUUCUAUUAGGAUAAUUUAUUAUAACCAUAUAACAAAAUUUUGACCCAGUUGCUUCAUUACUUCAUUAUUCAAUUUAAAUUAAAAUCAAUUUUUAAUAUAUUAUUUAUGUUUUCAUUACAGACUGACUUGUGCGGUAUCAAAUGGCGUAAGUUUGUUCAUUGUUCAGCUGGUCCAGAAGGACCUCCUGACUGGGGAGGUGGUCCUGGUGGCGGAACCAAUGCAUGUGGCUCAGUACUUGAGGAUCCAGUGUUAUCUAGUUAUACACGAUGUUUAACACAUGAUAUGUUAGCUGUAUGGCGGCGUGUUUCAUUACCGUCUACCAACUCUCAACAAGCAUCACUUGAUCCAUUGGUUCCUGCUCCACCGACACCUGUACCUGCUCUCCCACCUGCACUCUCGCUAAAAGCUUCAAAAGAGCUGUGGAUAUUUUGGUACGGUGAAGAACCAGAUCUGUCUGCACUUGUUUCUCCCCAACUUUUUUUAAUUGGUAACAUUUAGAAUACCUUUUAUAAUAAAAUAUAGAACAAUUAUUCAUAAAUAUUGUAAAAUGUAUUGAUUUAAAGAAGGUGAUAAUGGUUCAUGGGAAAGUGGCCUGUCUUAUGAAUGUCGUUCACUUUUGUUUAAAGCGCUACAUAAUUUAAUAGAAAGGUAAAUUCAUUUUAUAAUGACAUUUUUAUAGAUAUAUUUAUUAUAAGUAAAUUUCAAUUUUCUUUAAUUUAAAACAUGCACAUAUAAUUUCAGGUGUUUAAUGUCUAGAGACUUUAUUCGGUUAGGGAAAUGGUUUGUCCAACCUUAUUCAUCUUCUGAAAAAUUAGACAGUUCGAGGUGAGAUUUCUUAUAAAACUAACAAGUUAACUGUGAUUUAAUAUAUAUUUUAUUUUAGUGCAAGUCAUUUGUCAUUUUCGUUUGCAUUUUUUGUCCAUGGAGAAAGUACUGUUUGUGCUAGUAUUGAUGUAAGACAACAUUCUGUUGUAAGAACUUUAUCAAAAGAACACUUGGCACAAGCAUCUUCUCAACCUCAAAACGGAAAUAAUAUUCAAGGUAAAUUUUAUGCAAAAUUAUUGGUACUCGUAUGUUAUAACAUUGACUAGUGAAUCUAAGACUUGAGAUCUUAAUCAGUUAUUAUAGGGUUUGUGUAUUAUUUUGAUAAAAAAUAUAACUACUGAAUUAAUAUAUUAGUAAUUAUGUUAUAGUACACACAUACUUAGUAGUUACUAAUUUUUCAGACAUAGUGGACAAAUUAAAUACAUAAUAAAUAAAUAGGAUAAAUUUCAAUGCAAUAAAUUAUUUUUCAUUUAUAGUUAUGCUUGCACCAUUUGGUCUUGCUGGGACCUUAACUGGCCAUGUAUAUAAAAAUAUGGAUGCUGAAACUAGCCGUAUGAUGGAUGAAUGGAGUCAUUUUUAUCCAGUUGUUAAUAGUAAUGGACCAAAUGAAUUAUCUCCUGCAGUAGAAGUUUUAGUUGGUAAGUGUUAAUAUUUUUUAAAUUAGUUAUAUUUGGUAACAAAUAAAUUAACUUUGCAAUGAUUAGUUUUCAAUCACUAUUAUUAUUAUUACUUUUUUUUUUUUUUGUGACCUAAUUUUUCUAUAUUUUUUAUAGGCGGGGUUAAGAUGAGGUAUCCAUCGUGUUAUGUUUUAGUAACUGAUUUAGAUGAAAGCACUGCUGAAUUAUAUAAAAACCUCAACACUCAUCAAACAACUCCCCAACAACAACAACAACAACAACAACAACAGUCACAACAAUCACUGCAGCAUCAACAACAACAGCAAAAAAGUAUGCAAUUUUUCUAUUUUAUUAAUUGAACAGAAGUGUUUGAACACGGUUUUAAUAUUUUUAUUAAAAAUCGAAUACAGCUUCUAAGCAACAAAUAUUUGCCACUAAACAUCAACAUCAUACAGAUACAAUAGUUUAUGCUUUGGAUAACGCAAUAUCAGCGAUUCCAGAACGAGCAUGGCAAGAUUGUGUAUUAGGACCAUUACAUUCGGAACAGAAUCCCCCAUCUAGACCUGAAUCACCAACUCUGGGUCAAUGGCACUUAUCUGAUCCAUUGCAAAAGUUAACAUGUUCCUGUACUAGGUAAGAUAAUUUUGAUUGUUUGUGUGUAAGAAAGGAACUGUGUGGUGUGUGUUUUGGGAGCUUUGGAAGUCGAUCGGCAUUUGUUAUCCAGCCGGCUAUUUACAGGUGUAGAAAAACGAGUUCCAAGCACCAGACACAGCCAAACAGCACACCAUUCCAUAGACGCACUCCCCUCCCUGAUAUUUUCGUCGCUCAGCAGCCGCCACCCGAUGCAAACAAUGCCACCCUCAGGUUUGUGUCUAUUGAUGAGACGCUUGGGUGGUGAAAUGGUGUUAAAAAUAAUAUUAUGUGGGUUGUGUUAUGUAAAAUAAAACCUUCUAAACAGGAUUCUAACUAAACAAACAAUUAAGGCCUGUUAAUAACAAAAAACGGCCUUUUAAAUAUAUCUAAUCUAAAUUAAGUAUUAACAAUAUUGUUAAUUGUUAUGUACAGUUAAAUAUUGUGUAUAUUAUUUAUUUAUUUAAUUUUUUUUUAACUCAAUAUUUUAAAAUUGAAUUAAUUUUAAAUGGAAAAUAUAAUAUUUACAUGCUGUAACACAAUGUUCUGACAUCUCAUAACUUUUCUGUUCAAUAUUUUUAAAUAGUUCUUUCUUGUAAUAACUACCAAAGCCUUGCAAUAAGAUGUUAGGACUUAAAUUUGUUUAAAUUAAAACUUGUUUUUACACUAUCCAAAAUAGCCAUUUUUAUUUUUAUAAAUUUAUUUUGAAACAUAAUUUAGGUAAAAAAGUUUAAAAUCAAAGGUAAUUUAAAUUUUUUUCAUUGCCCCUUCUAAAUAAUAUCAAUUAAUUCAUAAUUUUAUGAACCUCAAACAGUUAUGAAUUUAACAAUUCUUCAUUAGUAAAUAUUUGUAACAUAAUAAUCAUUUUGUUACAAAAUAUAUUUGUAAUAUGAUUAUUUUUUAAAAUAAAAUUUUUAUUUUUAGUUUAAAAAUAAAAAAUAAAGGAAUUAUACAGGUUAAGGCUCCAGAUAUCAUUACAAGAAAAAAAAAAAAUUUAAUUAUUGAACAGACAAAAAAUCAUUUCAGGUUUCAGAUUUUUGUGAUACAUUGUGUAUUAUGAAAUUGGUUUUUUAAUUGUGAACGUUCAAAUUAUGUAAUAUUUAAUAAUUAUUAAAUAUUUGGAAUAAUAUGUAAUAACAUUAAAUUAUUAUAUAAAAAUUAUAUGGCAUGCAAUGGUGGUGGUGUUGGGUUAUAAUAUAAUAUGAUAAUUAAGAUGUGUACAUAAUUGCAUGAACUAUUAUUUUAAAUGACUAAUAAAAUGGUUUUGUCCCUAUUUUAUAAUAUGCUUUUUAAAAUUUCAUUUAAUUAAAUUUGAUAUAUGUGUAAUUUUUUAGGUCAACGCGUCUUGGUCCUACCGAUAGCCCUUGUGGCCUGGAUUCAGUGCCGCCUUUAUCUUCAGUACCAACCCCUCCAUCUGCUGGACAACCAGCUCCACUUUCUAUUCCUCCACCAAUGCUUAGUCCGCAUGAUGAAAAAAUCCCUAUCACACCUCUUUCAGUGGACUUCCAGCCCAAAUCUGUUUCAUCUGUCAAUAAUCAAGCAUUCUCACCUUAUCCUUCCUCUGCCCCUGCUAGUCAGGAACCUAAUAAAUCUGGCCGUGAAAGUAAUGCUGGAACACCUGCACCAGCUAGUAAUACUGUUAGUAUACCGGCAACUACGCCAACAACUACUACAACACCGGUUCCAAUGCAAUCCCAAAGUUCUAGUGCUUAUAUUACGUUAAAAAGGCCGCAGUUCUCAUCUAAAGAUUACGAAGGAAACUUGGUCGAGGAAGAUCUAAUGCCAUCUAAACUUUUAUAUGACUAUUCAUCCAUUGAUGCUUGGUUAUAUCAUCCAGUAAAAAAAUUUAAGCCAAUAGUUCCAAAACAAGAACCAAUUAUGAGAAUAAAUGUGACGGAUAAUCCAUCAUCCCCUCCACAAGUAUACAUUAGAAGGGAUAUUACUAGUGUUCCCAUUCUUCCAGUAAUUUAAAUAUUUUUUUUUUUGUUAAUCACAAUAUUAUAAUAUUUUAAAAUGUUUUAUUAAAAAUAUUUUUCUUUAGGUUGAAUCAUCUGAAAAUCCAAUAAAUAAUUAUAGCAGUUUUGAAGAAUUACGAAAUAAUGCUCUUAGGUUUAAAGGAGGUCGUUCAGAUCCCUAUGAAUUUGAUGAAGAAAGUGGACCUUGUUCUAGUAAUAAUAUGUUGGGUUCUAAUGAUUACAAACUAAAUACUUCCAUGUCCACGAUAAAGGUAUACAUAUUAUUUAUACUCCCAUAAUUUUUUUAUUGAAAACAAAUUAUUGGAUUUUUUGUUUUAUCAUAUAGAAUGAAGAUAUCAAAAAGGAGUAUGAUCCUGGACUAAUGAAUGGGAAUAGGUGUACAAGUGAUAGUAUGCGAGAUCUUGAUCAUAUGUUUGACAAUUCUGAUGAUUUAUCAAGUGACGAGGCUGUAGCAGCUGUAAGUAUUGGUUAUGCUUUAACCAAGUAAUAUUUAAAUUAUAUUUUUUCAUUAAUACAUUUUUAAACUACAGUUACAAAUGCAAACACCUCCUGGCUCAAAUAAACCUGAUGAUUGUCUUGGUGGAACUUUAACAACAUUAUUAGUGCGACCCCCAAGAGGUAGUGGUGGUGGCAGUGGUGGUGGUGUUUUAAGACCCGAGGAAUUAGUAAAAAUGUUCCCAACUCCCCCAUCGUUAGAACAUAACCCUAUAGCAUCCCCAUGUCCAGACAUUGAUAUACUUCCACCUCGUACCUACCAAACAAGUUCGUAUAUGGGAAGUCCUCAGCAUGAUCACAUAGAUGUAAGUGUUAAAAUUAGUAAAGUACUGAAUAAAAAUAGCAAUAUAUAAUAAUACAUUUAUUUGUAUUCUAUAGGAUUGGACGUAUGUGUACAAACCCCCAGCUAUUGCGAAAAUGGUUGGUUCAUCAAAAUACGCACCACUCACAAAUCUUCCGAGCCAAAACCUACCCCCAUUAAUAGUACCUUCCAAUUGUAUUUAUAAGCCUUCCUCUUUUGUUUACCAUACAUCGUCGCAGCCUCAAUCAUUUCAACAUCACCCACCACAACCUGAAAAACAAAUUCAGUAAGUAAAACAAUUUUCUCAUUCAUUUACAUAUUUAUCAAUAGUCCCCUCCAAGACCAUUUUAUAAAAUAACUUAUAAAUAUGUAUCUAAAUAUUAAAAGUUAUUUAUAUAUUUGUCUAUUUAAAAAAAAAAUGUUUUCAAUAAUAUUAAUAUAUAUAUACAAUAUCUCUUACUAUACUUUGUAUAUGUAAAGUAAAAAAACAGCUUAUGGAAAACUGGUUAGCUAAGGUAACAUUUUUUUUAAAAUCAUAAUAUUCUAAAAUGUAAUAUUGUUAUAAUUUUGUUCACUCUUAUUUUUUAUGUAUGUACUUAUGAUUUUCAAAUAAAAUAAUAUUUUUUAAAAAUCAUAAGUAUAUGUAAUUUUGGUUUAAAUUAAUUUGGUGUUUUUGACAUUCAGUUCUGCCAACCCGUUGAUAAGUUAUUCCAAGUUUGAGUUGGAGGAGAGUAGUGAUGCAUAAUUUGUGUGGCUGCUGAAUAGUACUUUACUAUUAUCCCUAUAUAAAAAAAAAUAAUAAUUUUUAUAGGCUGGUAAAAUAAUAUUUCAAAGAAAUGCUUGCCCAUGAUUUGUUUUUAUACUUUUUAUAUAUUGUAACUAUAAAGUUCCUAAAGUGGUUAUAAUAGUGACAAUAAAUGUUAUUUUAACAGUUAACAAUUUUUUUUUUAGGAUUGUUCCUCCGCCAGCGUCUUCAGCAAAUAGUAAUUUAAUACCAAAUGUGAAUCGGAAUAAUCAUUAUCAUCCAAUGAUGGUGAUGAGUCCAUCACCUCAUAAUACACCUUGGCCUGGAGGAGGAAAUCAGUAUCAUCAUCGACCACCACAACAACAAAUACAACAGCAUCAACAAGUGCCUCCACCCCCAUAUAGUCCUGCUCUAUCACAACAUCACAAUAUGAAUGUUGUACCAACUAAUAUGUCACCACCUGUACCUGAAGCUAACUCAAUAGUUGUUAAUGUUUUAUUAACGGACUCACUACUAAAUGUCUUCCGAGAUCAUAAUUUCGAUAGCUGCACAUUGUGCGUAUGUAAUGCUGGUCCUAAAGUGGUCGGUAAUAUUAAAGGCACUGAUGCAGCAGUCUAUCUUACCCAUACUUUGAUACCAAAUGGAUACUCCUCACAAUAUCAACAGCAUCACAUGUCUGUUGGAAUGCCUGGUACUAAAACAUAUUAAAUAAUUUGUUUAAAGAACAAUUGAUUAAUUGACUUUUAAUAAAUAGGUGAUGAGGAUGGAAUCCGUUGUAGUUGUGGCUUUAGUGCAGUUGUUAACCGCAGAUUGUCUCAUAAAUCUGGAUUAUUUCCAGAAGACGAGGCAGAAAUAACUGGACUUCUUGAAGAUAGUCCUGUUCGUGUUGAUGAUAAUUCAAUGAAUCCAGAAGUUUUAGAGUUAGUUAGGGAACAAUGUGCUGCUGUAAUUUAUAGCACUUGCAGUUCUUUAGUACGGGCAGCAGCAAAGUAUCCUUUAAAUCAUCCACCACAAAUAUCACCUGUCAAUAUGUUAGAAUUUACUGAUACCAACCAAGUGGCUUUACUAGCACUCGAACAAGGGAGAUUAGCAAAGGUAUGUAUAAUGACAUAUUUUUACUUCUAGGGUAUAAUAUUAAUUUAUGCAUAUGUGUUAUAAAAUUUAUUAAUUUGUUAUUAUUUUCUCUAAAUAUAUGUAUAGUUGGAAGGUGGAAUGAAUAAUCAUUGGCAAGUUGAACAUCAUCGUUGGCCCGGUCAUCACCAACAGUCAUUACCUCCCCUAAAUAAUAAUUCUCCACCUGUCCAUAGAUGGGCUUAUAGUCAAGCGCCCGGUCCGCGUAGCAGUAGACAACUUAUACGAGUUAUGCGAACAUUACAACCACUUUUACAAGAGGCCAUUCAAAGAAAAAGUGUAACAAGAUUAUGGGAACCUUAUACUGUCACAGGACCAUUAACUUGGCGACAAUUUCAUAGAUUGGCUGGCCGAGGUACUGAUGAUAGGUGUGAACCCCAACCUAUACCUCCAAUUCUUGUUGGGCAUGACAAAGAUUGGGUAGCUGUUGCACCUUUAGCUCUUCAUUAUUGGGAUAAAUUACUACUAGAACCAUUUUCAUAUUCACGAGAUGUUGCGUAUAUUGUUGUUAGUCCUGAUAAUGAAUUUAUUUUACAAAGAACAAGAUCAUUUUUCAAAGAAUUGAGUGCAGCAUAUGAAAUUAAUCGAUUAGGUCGACAUUGCCCAAUUACAAAAGUUUUGCGAGAUGGUAUUUUAAGAGUUGGAAAAUCAGCUGCAGCAAAAUUAGCUAAAGAACCUGUUGAUGAGUGGUUUUCAAUGUUAGGCGAAAAUCAUCAGUCAUCUAUGUUGAAAUUGUAUGCCCAAGUUUGUCGUCACUAUUUAGCUCCACAGCUUUCUCAAUUUUCUAUGGAUAAGACUUUAUUAGACCCACCAGAAGGUAGUGUACCGAGACCUCCACCAUCACCAAUGCCACCACCAUCAUCAAUGACUCCUAAUUCUGUGGAAUCACCUGUUUCGUCCAAUGAUCGAGCUCCCACUCCAAAGAGCGAUUGCUUAGAUGAUUCUGGUGGAUCUCAGGCUGAUAAAAGUUUUAACACUAGUGGAGAUAAUCAUUGUGAAGAAGAUGAUGGCGAAGUUCCUGCUAUUGUCAUCUAUCUAGUGGAACCUUUUUCCAUUGGCAAGGAUAGUAGUAACCUAGCGAAAAUUGCUUGUCAUGGUCUUUUACGAUGUUAUAAUACAGUUUUGGCCACACUUCCAGAAGCUAUACGAUCAAAUAUAUCAGUUCAGGUACCACCGAAAUUACAUUUUUUAUAUCAAAUAUAUAUUGAGCUGGUCCUUGAUUAUAAGAAAAAAAAAUUGUAAUUAUUAUUUUUGUUUCAGGACCUCUCUAUUUUUCAUUACUAUAAGAAACUAAUUAAGAUUAAAUUUGGUGAUGACUCAAACCCUUCCUGUGCCUCAAGAGGGUUGAGAAUUUGCAAAAGCUGGUUGUCUUAUAAUUUUUUUAGGUUAACUGAAAAUAUACAACAUUUAUUCCAUAAAUGUAUAAGACCUCAAUAAAAUUGUAAAUUAUAAUGUCCAAAAAAAAUUUUUAUUACAAAAUUUCUCGUUAUCCAAUUUUUGUUUCAAGAAUAAUGCGGCAAAUGAAUUUAAUUUUCUUAAAUUGAAAAUAUGAUUAUAGUUUUAUGCAAAACAUAUAUAAAUAAUAUGUUUAACAUUAAUGUUUCAUUGUUACAGUAAUUCAUAUUCAACUUAUAGUCGGUUAUAAAUUUACCACUAGUUUUAUGAAUUUAAGUUCUCAUAAUGAUUAUAAAAUUCAAAUUCAGUUUUGCAAUGUCAAUUUAAUAAUAACUAGUAUUUUUGCAAUUAAAUUUGUCUUCCGUAGUUUUUUUUUUUUUUUUUUUUGUGUAGUUGUAUUAAUUUCAAUACUUAUAGAUAAAUUAAAAACAUUAACAAAAUUUAAAUUGAUCAGAAAAUAUAAAAAUAUAUAUAUCUUGUAAUAAAAAUAUCUGGUUUUUAUUCCUCAUGAAUUUUUCCGUUAAUUUUUACACAUCUCAACAGUAUCAUUAACAAUUUGUUAGGAGUUAUAGGUUCUUGCCCGAUAAUUAUGUAGAAGGACUGCUUCAUAUAGUUAGGUUCUUUUCCAACAUAUCUGGAUCUAUAUUAAAUAGUUUAAAUGAGUUUAAUGAUUUGAUUUAUUUACUUAAAUGAUACCCGUGGAACUUUUUGUCUUUUUCUUUUUAUUCAUAAUUUUAAAUUUUAACAAAUAUUUAGCCAUUUCUUUUUCCGAAUAUCCUACAAAAUGCUUUCAUCAAAUAUAGAAAAUAAAAUAAAUAACAGUUUGAAAAUAAUAGAUUGAGCAAUUUUGUUAGUACAUUUUUUACAGAUGAUUUUAUAACUUACAAUUAUGGUCUUAAAAAUGUAUGUGAAGUGCUAUAUAUUUUCAGUUGAACUUGCAAAACUAUUAAACAACCUUAUUGUUGUGCGGGAAGGGUAUGAAUCAUCAUCACCAAAUCAAACCUUUAUUACUUUCUUAUAAUAAUAAAAAAAAUAGGGAGUUUCAGAAACAAAAAUUAGAAUCAGCCAAAUAUAUGUAUAUGGGAUAUAACAAAGAUCUGAUACCUUAAAUAACUACAAAUCAAUUUUUUUUGAAGUUUUUGCAAAUAUGAAUACUUUUACUUUUGCAAUCAUAAUAAUUAUAUGAUAUUAACUUAUAGUAAACAAAUUCUUGCAAUUUGGUAUGUUGUAACUACCGAUUAAAUAUUAUAAUAGUUUAUCAAUAAAAAGAAUCGCCUACCAAAAAAAUUCUGAAAAGUAUAUUGCGUAUUUUUAUUUUUUGAAUACCAAAUCUAUUUGCAGAUAACUGCUAAUUAUUAAAAAAUAUUGAUUAAAACAAAUUAUUUCAGGUGUUAGAUCUUCAUAUUACACUUUGUAUACACGGUGUUAUACCCAUUGUAAUAACUUAAGAGAUAAUAAAGAUAAUCAAAUUCUGUUGUUUUUUUUUUAUAUUUAUAUUACUAACAGAGAUAAGGACUACAAAUUUUUAUAUUGCAAUUACUUUUUAAUGCUUUGAGAAAAAAUUUAAAGAUAGCCAUUUUAUAGUUAUUUUUCUGAAAAUUUUGACAUAUAAACUUUUUAUGUUAAAUAAAUUCAUGAUUUUUAAUAAUAUUUGACGUUCAGAGAAAUGUAGCUGUAAUUAUGCAGCAGGCAAAUUUUAAUCACAUUCUCUAAUUUAUUAUUAUUAAUACAAUUAAUUGACUGUACACUUCUUUUUCCUGAACUUCAAAAAAAUUAUUAAAAAUAAAAAGUUAAUACAUCUAAAUGUAAAUACGAAUAAACUCUAAAUUUUUCAAAAAUAAUAAAAUAGUUAUUUUUUUUUACUUUUUAACCAAAACAUAAAAUAUGUAUUGUAUUAUAAAUAUUUGUGGUCCUUAUCUUACUGAAUAAUAUAAACUAAACCAGAAUUUGAUUAUCUUUAUUAUCUAAAGAUAAGAAUGUAAUAUCUCUAAAGAGAUAUUAAAAUGGGUUUAUCUAAACUAAAUAUCUAUAUAAUUUUAUAUAAAUAGCUUCUUAUUACACUUUAUACUAAAUUAAUUAUGUUAUUUAAAAAUUUAGUUGAUAUCGUUGGAAAGUGUUUUGGAACUUGGCCGAUCUUCUGAUCAUCUUAAAAUGAGUGAUAAUAUGAGAACUUUAUCAUUAUCAGUAUUCAGUCAGUGCAGGCGAUACUUAACUCACACUUCUAAUAUUAAAGCUUUAACCGGAUUUGGCACUGCAGCAAUGACUGAAUUGUUUUUGAAGAAUAAAGAUGUAUGUGUAAUUUUAUAAAUUUACUUUUUGUAAUUAAUGGGUUAAAAUGUAUUUAAUUAAUAUAUUUACAAAAUAUAUAUUAUUACAGGAAAAAAGUCGAACAGCGUAUAAAGCAUACACUCCUCCUUUUAUAUUAGCUGGCUACAGGAAUAAUAAAUCUGGCAGGGCAGACAGCGGUAUAACAGGUGAUAGUAGUAGUGGUGGUGAUGGAUUAUCAAUUCUCGGUGGACCUAAUGGGACUGGAUCUCCGUCCGGUACUGAUCAACAAUGUUCUGUACUUUAUGCUAGUUAUUGUAUUUCGGAAGAUCAAAGGUGGAUAUUAGCAGCAGCUACAGACGAACAAGGCAUUUUAUUAGAAACAGCUACAAUUAACAUAUACGUACCAAACAAGUAAGACAUUUGUUUUCAAAAUAAUUUUAUAAAAAAAAUUAAAAAUGGAUGUAAUGCAUAUUUUAUGUAUAGUAGGCGAAGAAAAUCUCCGGCUCGAAGAAUUGGUUUACAAAAGUUAAUGGAUUUCAUCUUGGGUGUUAUGAGCCAAAGUGUAACGCCCUGGCGAUUAGUAGUGGGUCGAGUUGGAAGAAUUGGUCAUGGCGAACUUAAAGGUAAAUAGGUUAAAUAGUUAUUUAUAUGUAUGAUUUAUAUAAUUACAUGUGUAUUUAGGUUGGUCAUGGCUAUUGAGUCGCAAAGCAUUGUUGAAAGCAUCACGUCACUUGAAAGAAUCUUGUGGCCAAUGUAGUUUAUUGUACCAAAAGUCUGAUGUACCCUCUGUGGUUAGUGCUUGCUUAGUUUCCCUGGAACCUGAUUCUUCAUUAAGACUAAUGACGGAUCAAUUCACACCUGAUGAACGUUUUAGUCAAGCAUCUGUUGCUUGUCAAUUGUCUACACCUCGUGAUGUUUCUGCAACUCAUAUAUUAGUAUUCCCAACAUCAGCAACAACACAAGUAAUUACAAAAAUGUAGAAUGUUAUUUAAAUUACAAAUAAGUAAUACAAAUGUUGUGUUUCAGUCUUCACAAACUGCGUUCCAAGAACAACAAAUUAAUGGCCCAGAACUUGGUGAUGAUGAACUUUUUGGUGCAUUUAACGAAGAAGAUAUGCCAGAAGGUAUGGAGGGCAUGGGUGAUUUUAAUGAUAUAUUUAGUACGUGGAACGAUACGGAUGCUGUGGGGAACACCAGUUUGGGACUUCCUAAUAGUGGGGUUUCUGGUGUUAUGGGCGGUCCUAGCAAUAAUGUCAUAGGAGGCAGCAUGGGUUCUGGAUCUUUAGGUGGUUCUAUUGGAAUGGGACGAGGACCAAUGGGACCCAGAGGGGAUUGUUCUUCUCAACCGGGUAGCCCGCCGACUUCGCAACCAUGUAGCCCAUUCACUUGUGGAUCAUCGUCCUAUAGAGUAAGUUAAAUAUUUCUAGCUAAAUAUUAUAGUUAUUUAUGUUCCAUUAAUAUUUAGAAUGGUGGAAGUUGUUUGGAUGGGCACGAAGAAGUUGGAGCAUUACUUCAGCAACCAUUAGCUUUAGGUUAUUUAGUAUCUACAGCACCAACUGGACGUAUGCCCACAUGGUUUUGGGCAUCAUGUGCGCCAGACAUAGAGAAAUGUAGCCCGGCAUUUCUUAAAAGUGCAUUGCAUAUGCAUACUGUACAAUUGCCUAAUAAUGCUGAUCCAGCAGCAGCAGAUCUUCUCCAUCCAACAUCUGCAGUUUCAGCGCAUCCACUAGAUUCUCAAUAUACUACAGACGUCCUAAGGUAUUAACCAAAGCACGUUGUUCUUUCAUAUUGGUAUUAAACAUUAAUUAUUUGAACAGAUAUGUUUUGGAGGGUUACAAUGCAUUAUCGUGGUUAUCAUUAGACCCAAAUACCCAUGACCGGAUGUCUUGCUUGCCAAUACACAUGCAAGUACUUAUGCAGCUGUAUCACACAAUGAAUGCUCUUAUAUGACGGUAACAUGUUUUUCGGAAUAAUUCAUUUUUCGUGAAACAUUUCCUUUUGGUUACAUAUAAUAUUAGGUCAAUUAAGGUGAUAAUUUAUUAGUUAAUGUACAUUUUUAGAAUUGUUAUUAUAAGAAAAAAAAUGUAAAAAAAAAAAAAAAAACAAAAAAAAAAACAAAAAAAAACACAAAGAAAAAUAAUUGGACACCAUUAUUUAGUAUAGACAAAUAUUUAACAUAUUAUAUAAUAACAUGAUGUAAUUUGUAGGUACCAAUGGAUAGAAAAUUAUUUUAGGGCAAUUUUAUUUUAUACAGUGCGUUAUAGGCGAAUUGUGAAUAUAAAAAUAUUAUUCUUGAUACAUUAUUUAUUUAUUUUAUUUUUAUGACAAUUUCUGUUCAAAUUGUCAAGGAACGAGUUACCAUAAAAUAUUGUGUCGUUUUAAUGGUUGUUCAUAUUUAAGUUUUUUUUUGUAUAAUAUUUUAUUUAUUUCACCUUUUUUAUCAUUCUAAAUUAUUAUUAUUAUUUUUUUUUUUUUAGUAAAUGUCAAUUUUAGUUACAUUAAAUGUAACUUGUUGUUUAAUGUCUGGCUUUAUUAUUAUUAUCUAUUAUUAUUAUUAUUAUUAUUAUUAUCUAUUAUUAUUAUUAUUAUUAUUAUUAUUAUUAUUAUCAUCAUUAUUAUCAUUAUUUUGAUUUGGGCUUUAUUUCCCCUUCCCAUUUUCGUAUUAACCGAAAUACUUGUACAAUAUAUAUUUAUAAAUGUCUUUUGGUAUAUUAUCACAUAUUAUCUUUAUUGAAUUGUACAUAUAUACAUAUAUACAAAUUUAUAUAUAUUUUAUUAACUAUUUAUGUAAAAUAUUUAUUAAAUUGACCAAAAAUAAAAAAAAUGGAAAAUAAUACAAAAAAUGAAACAAAAAAAAUCCUUUAGAACUUUUGAUGAAAUUGUAGCCAAUUUGAACAAAUUAAAUUAUAUAUUUAUUCUAACCAAAGUCAAUAUUUAUACAUAAAACAUCUUUGAAUAAUUUUGCAAUUAAUAUUAUGAUUAAAACUUUUUGUUUUUGUUUUUCGUUUUGUACAGCAUGUGUAGCAUGUAAAAAGUAAUAUUAUUAAAUUAUUAAUGUUACAAAAAAUUAUUAUUACAAUACAUGUAUUAAGGUUUGUACAAAAAUAACAAAGGAAUACAGACGGUUUUUAAUAUUAUUUCUGUGAAUAUUAUAUAAUAUAUUAUGAAAGAAAAUAACUUGUACGCAGGCAAUGUUAAUGUUAUUCCAUGAAAAAACAUUUGAAAAAAAAAAAAAAUAUUUAAAAAUUUAAUUGUUUUCUUUAUUCAUAUCAAAUAUUACCUUCCUUAAGGCUUGAUUACAUUGGGCGAAUUUACUCGCUUGGUUGUCAGCUAUCAAAAUUGUGCCCGAUUGAGUGUUCUGUAACCUGUCCGAUUACAUUAAGUAAA